AUGUGCAUUACCGUGAAAAAACUUGGCAUUACCGUGAAAGAGGUUGGAAUUUACGCGAAAGAGCUUGGCAUUACCGUGAAAGAGGUUGGAAUUCACGCGAAAGAGGUUGGCAUUAACGCGAAAGAGCUUGGCAUUACCGUGAAAGAGCUUGGAAUUCACGCGAAAGAGGAUGGCAUUACCGUGAAGGAGUUUGGAAUUCACGCGAAAGAGGAUGGCAUUACCGUGAAAGAAUUUGGCAUUACCGUGAAAGAGGUUGGCAUUACCGUGAAAGAGGUUGGCAUUACCAUGAAAGAGGUUGGCAUUAACGCGAAAGAGCUUGGCAUUACCGUGAAAGAGCUUAGCAUUACCGUGAAAGAGGUUGGCAUUACUGCGAAAGAGCUUGGCAUUACCAAGAAAGAAUUUGGCAUUAACGUGAUACAGUUUGACAUCAACGUGUAA